CGCUUGUGAUAAUAUACACUGCACACGCUGUAGUCAAGAGCAGUGUUUAUUUGCUUGUCGUAUUGUUUCGGUGGAUGUGCAUUUAAAAGAUUUAUCGAUUUCAGUAGCACAAUCGUAUACAAUGAGUGGGGAAAGCCGCCAUCGAGGUAGAAGCUCGGAUGUAGAAGAGUCAGGGAGGUGCAAAUCCUCAACCAAAAUCAGGAGUUCUUCUAGAGAUAGCUCACGACGGAGAGACAAACACCGCCAGAGUAGCUCAGAUGAAGAUGAUGACAGAAAUGGACAUAGAAGGUCAGAUAGAAACUAUGACAGAAAUAGACACAUAAGUCCACACCGAGAUGAACGACGGAGACGACAUGACAGUACUAACAGAGACGGAGCCGAUAAGAGGGACAAGGGCAAGGGGGGUGAACGUGAUGAGAGGUACCGAAAAGAGAAACGCGGGAGUGAUGACGCGGAAAAUAGUGGUCGUAGGCACAAGGAUAAGCCGUCCUAUGCGGAUGAUGACAGAGGCAGACGUGGUAGUAAGAAAAGUGGAAGGAGCGAGAAGGAUACAAGCUUGCGCGAUAACGAAGUCGCCCGCGGGGGUAGUCGAAGGAGAAGCAUUAGUGAGGACAAUAGGCCAGGUGAACAAAGAGAUCUAGGUGAGAAUAAUAGAGAAAAGAAUGGCAGAAAGAGUGGGGGAUCAGAGUCGGAUAAAGACGGGCGUCACAGAGAUUCAGAGGCAUUAACCAUACAUGAUGAGAAAGAUAGAGAGACACAGGAAAAUGAUAAGUCGAGAGGGGGUGAAAAUGUCGUCCAAAGAAGGGUAGGCAGGACGGCAGCAGAAAAACCACAGACCGAUUCAUACGGGCGACAGAUCAAUUACAAUAGAGAGGCGCAUGAAAGGGAAAAGGAAAAGUUAGACGCCGAUAAGGCGAAAUUUGAUAAGGUAUUUCUUGUAGAUUCAUGCCACUGUACAGUGAAUGUAGAUACUUGGGUGCGAAUACAAGCUAAUUAUUUACAUAUGUAG